GGGAGGAGAGUUGAGGGGGGAGAAGAGGGCGGAGGAGACGCGAAAUGGGGUGCGCGCAGUCGCGGAUCGAGAACGAGGAGGCGGUGGCGCGCUGCAAGGAGCGGCGCCAGCUGAUGAAGGCGGCCGUCGCGGCGCGGAACGCCUUCGCCGCCGCGCACUCCGCCUACGCCUGCUCGCUCAGGGACACGGGCGCCGCGCUCACCGAGUUCGCGCACGGGGAGGGCGUGCCCCCGCCGCCGCCCGGCGCCGCGCAGGGAGGGAUCGCCGCGGCCGCGGCGGGCCCCUCCGACGCGCCGGGGGCCGACGAGAUAAUGCCGCCCCCGCCGCCGCUCGACUCGCUGCCGCCGCCACCGCCGCCGCUGCCGGAUUUCUCGCCGUCGCCGGCGAAGAUCCACCGCUCCAUCAGCAUGCCCCUGCCGCCUUCCGCCGGCAGCAAGAAUCCCGCCAUGCUCCACGCCGACUCCAUUAGGGAGGAGGACGAGGAGGCGGCGGAGAGGGAGGAGGAAGAGGAGGACGACGGCCACCUCGACGACCGGCGGCAGCGGUUGCGUCACCGCCCGCCGGUGCCGCCGCCCGUGUCGCCGCCGCCGCCGGAGACGCCGGUGACUCCUCAGCCUCCGCCUCCCCCGCCCUCGUCGGAGCUCAAGUCCGGGGUUGACACUUGGGACUAUUUCUUCUCCAUGGACGAGGGGAUGGCCUCCAUCGCGCCCGAUGACGACGAGAUUAUGGCUGAGCCGGAAGAGAAGUACGUUCCUGCAUCGCCACCGCGCCCGUCUCCUUCCUCUCCUCCCCCGGCUGGGGUGCCACUGUCGGAGGAGUUUGAGGAGGAGCCGCGGACGCCGGAGAUGGUCACGCCGCCUCCAUCGCUGCCACCCAAGCCCCCGAAGAAUUCGUCCAAGAAGAAGGGGAAGGGGAAGAAGGCGGCGCACCACCAGCACACAGAGUCGGCGCCGCCGGUCUCGCUGGUUGGCGGUGGUAAGGCAGAGAAGGUAGUCCCCGCCGAGAUGCCGCGUGUGGACCUCCUCCGGGUGCUCGCGGAAAUCGACGAGAGGUUCUUGAAGGCAUCGGAGAGCGCUGGUGAGGUAUCCAAGGUGCUGGAGGCCAACAGGAUGCAUUACCACUCCAAUUUCGCCGACAACCGAGGGCAUAUUGAUCAUUCUGCGAGAGUCAUGAAAAUAAUUACAUGGAAUAGAUCCUUCAAAGGCAUGCAAAAUGGUGAUGAUGCAAAGGAUGACUUCGAAAACGAUGAAUGGGAGACCUUGGCAACUGUAGUAGAUAAAAUCUUAGCAUGGGAGAAAAAGCUCUAUGAUGAAGUGAAGGCUGGUGAGAUUAUGAAACUUGAGUAUCAACGGAAGGUUGCUUUGUUAAAUAGACAAAAGAAACACAAUGCUGCCAUUGAGGUUCUGGAAAAAACGAAAGCUGCUGUAACUCACUUGCAUACAAGAUACAUAGUUGAUAUGCAAUCAAUGGAUUCAACUGUGUCAGAAAUUCAGCAUCUCCGUGAUAAUCAACUUUACCCAAGACUAUUGGAUCUUGCGGACAGGAUGGCAAAAAUGUGGGAGGACAUGCACAUGCAUCACGCUAAGCAGCUGAAAACUGUGCUACAUUUGAAGUCAGUUGACAUUUCUGAUUCCAAUAUUGAAACAAGUGAUUAUCACCACAGCCACACAUGCCAGCUGCGUGAUAUUGUAGAUAAGUGGAUCACAAAUUUUACUGACCUCAUGAGUUAUCAAAAGGAAUACAUAAAUGCUCUCUAUAGCUGGUUGAAGCUGAAUCUUAUACCCAUUGAGAGCAGCUUGAAGGAGAAAGUAGCAUCACCACCCAGGGUGCAGCAACCUCCUAUCAAAGCCUUUCUUCAGGCCUGGAACGAGCACCUGACCAAGCUGCCUGAUGAUCUCGCCAAGACAGCCAUUGUCAGUUUUCGAGCAGUCUUGGAGACUAUAUUAGGAGUUCAAGAUGAGGAAUUGAAGCAGAAGGAGAUCUGCGAGCAGACUCGCCGGGAAUACAUGCGGAAGGCACGAGCUUUUGAGGACUGGUACCACAAGCACUCGCAGCGCAGAUCGUUUGACGUCGAUCCAGAAACCGGCGAGGGAACAGGGCACAAGGAUGCAGUCGCAGAGAAGAAAUUCGUGGUGGAGAGCUUGAAGAGCAAGCUUGAUGAUGAGAUUGAGUCCCACAAUAAGCUAUCAAAGCAGGUCAGGGAGAAGUCCCUGUCAAUCCUGAAGGCGCACCUGCCGGAGCUGUUCCGUGCGCUGGCUGACUUCUCCGAUGCCUCUUUCGAUAUGUACUCGAAGCUGAGGCUGAUGUCCUUGAUGCAGGAUCAGGGCAACAACUAGCUGAAGGAUAUGUACAGGAGUUAGGAUUGCUAGUAAUAUCCCUCCCCCUCCAAAUGUUGUACUGCUUGUGUUGUUCACCUACCCCUUUUGCGGUAUAUCUAGCUCGUUAGUCGCGGACAGUUAGGGAGAAUGGCUGGUCUUUUUCUUUAUUUAAUUUAUUGAUGAAUUAUUCAGCUAUUUCAGCAUGAGCUUCCUGGAUCGCUGGCCU